AUGACGGCAUCUCUGAGCGAAGGCUGGGCGCUGCUGAUCCACCUGCUGCACAGGAAGCAGGAAGUCCUGCUGACGGCAGCAGAGUUUCACCGCCGAGCGCUGGAGUUCUCCGUCAGCAUCAGCAGGUUGGAGGAGCUGCAGCUGAGUCCAGCCGACAGUCUGACCGAAGUUCAGCUCCGAUUCGACGCCAUGAGACGAGAUGUUCUGGGGAAGUCGCUGCAGGUUCUGACCUGCAUCAGCAUCCUGCAGCAGAAACUGCAGCAGCUGCAGAGGACCGAGGCCCUCCAGAGGACGGGAGGAGUCCUGCAGGACGAGGAAGACGAGGAGGUGAAGAAGCUGUGCAGCAGGAUGAACGUGUCUCUGGUUGAAGUGACGGAGAGCUCCCACAGCUCCCAGUACAGCAGCGGGGCGGCACUGAGGCUGGACCAGCUGGUGGAGACACUGCAGGACCGGCGCCGGAGCGCAGAACAGGCGGUCCGACUGCAGCUGCAACUGGCCGCGAACCAAGGAGAGUCCAGACGAACCGGUUCUGAACCUGGAUCUAGACCAGAAACCAGAGACAAAGAAUCUGCAUUCGAGCUGCAGCUCAGAUCCAGAUCAGAGGAGACCAAAGACCAGCAGCGUGAAUCCAGAUCAGACCUUAAGUUGGACUUUCAGUCUGGAUCCAGCUCAGAUCUAAAACCCAGCUCUGAUGUACAGCCGGGAGGUGGAUCAGAUCUGGAGCCUGAAUCUAUAUCAGUGGAGACUAGAAAACUUAAACCUGGAUCUGGAUCAGAGGACACCAGAGAUCUGAAGCCUGAAUCCAGAUCAGAGGAAACCAAAGACUUCCAGAUUGCUUCCACAUCAGUGCUGAAGUCCAGAUCCAGUUCAGAUGUUCAUCCAGAAUCCAGAUGUGACCUGAAGCCUGGACUCAAAUGGGAGGACAGAUAUCUGCAGCUGGGAUCAGAGGAUGAAGAGUUCAGUGAGGAGACGGACCAGAACCGACCUGCUGCUGCUGCAAACACAACCAGUGGGCAGAUGGCAGAGCUGCAGAGAAUGCUGGGAAAGGACAAUAUAAGUGGAGAAGACUCCGCCCACCACAUCCUGCUGACCAAUCGGAGGCUGCUGUCGUUAUUCAAGCAUCUCGUGGAAAAGGUCAGAGGCUUGUUGUCCAACGGCUGCGAAGGAGGACGGAGGCUGAGUGAAGCCGAACACACUCUGGACACACACCUGUACACUCAGGCUCAGGUACACACUCUGGACACACACCUGUACACUCAGGCUCAGGUGGAGCAGGAGAUGGAGGUCUACAGGAAGCAGCUGGAGGAGGAAGUGAGGCUGAGCAGCAGGUCACCAGAGAAGAAGGAAGUCGCCUCCUGCUGGGACGAGACGCUGACGAGGCUCAUCGCUGUUCAGGAACUAGGAAACAGCUGCAUCCACGCCAUCGCCACGGAGUCGGACUUGACGUUCAACCAGUCGCUGGUUUUGGUGAUGAAACAGACGAUGAAGCGACUCGAUGAUACCAAACGAGACGUGAAGCAGCUGAAGAACCAGAAACUGAAGCAGAACCAGGACCACAACCACAACCAGGACCAGAACCAGAACCAGAAGCAGAACCAAAAGCAGCUGGAGGAUGAAAAGAUCUGCAGAAAAUACGAGGACAGACUGAGAAAGACCCUACAGGACCUGUUGUGCGUCUCCGACCUGUUGGACUCGUGCUCUCGGGUCGAUCUGGGUUCGGACCUCCAGACGUCGAAGCUGCUGCGGAGCUUCAUGGAGGCCAAACCUCACUUCAGCCAGCUGGACGCUGAUGUGCAGCAGCUGGUCAGCAGCUGGGAGGUUCUGAGGGUCCAGAACCAGCUGGAGGUGACGGAGGAGGACGUGAAGGAGCUGCUGAAGCUCCAGCAGAUAGUGAAGGACAAGAUCCAGCAGAGUGAGUCCAUCCUGGAGCUGAGCAGAAGCUUCCAGCUCACAGCGGCACAGCUGGAGGCGCUGAUGAACUCUGAAGGCUGCAGCUUGGCUGAGCAGAACCCACGGAUCCAGAACCUGAUGGAGACCAGCUGGCUUCUGAAGAACCACAUCUGCAGCGCCGUCGCCCACACGGGGGCUCCAGGGUUCCAUCUGCAGCAGCUGCAGCUUCGUCUUGUCGAUCUCGAUUCUCGGUUCGUUUCGUGGAAGAAUGAAGCGGCUCAACGUGACGAGAGACGACAGCUGAUUGGCCUGCUGCACGAUGACAUCAUCCAGCUUCGUGACUCUUUUAAGGAGCUGAAGAAACGUUUCAGCAACGUGAAGUUUAACUACCUGAAGAGAAAUGACAGAACCAGGAACAUGAAGGCUGUGAGGAACCAGCUGCAGCAGGUGGAGCUGUUCGAUGACAAGCUGCAGGCUCUCAGGAAGCGUCUGCAUGGUUCGGCGGCUCGACUUGGCUCGGAGGUGAAGGACGGAGGCGUCGCCCGUGAGGUGGAGGACGCCGCCAACGAGCUGCAGAGGCAGAUGGGAGAGUUUGACCGAAGUGUGAGCGAACACAAAAAAACUCUGGACAUGACGUGCAGGCUGCAGGAGGCCAUGGAGGAGUAUCAGUUCUGGUGUGAGGAGGCCAGCGCCACCAUUGCUCGGGUCGGGAAGUUCUCCUCAGAGUGUCGCAGCACAGAAGCUGUGUCAGUUCUGUACCGGCAGUUUGAGAAGUUCAUUUGGCCGACAGUUCCUCAACAGGAAGAGAGGAUCAGUCAGAUCAGCGAGCUCGCCGUCAGGCUGCACGGGGUGGAGGAGGGUCGGCGCUACAUUGAGAAGACAGUCAGCAAACACUCGGAGAUGGUGGAGUCCAUCCGGGAGCUGAGCGACGGGUUGAUGGAGCUGGAGGUCAAACUGAAGACCGGACAUCUUCUCAUUCCUGACAGACACAUCUUAACCCACAGCACACACCAGGAUCAGAGCCAGAACCAGGGUCAGAACCUGUUUUAUUGCUCAGUGGAUUGGUAG